CAUUCGCUUGUAGUCAGUCUACUUACUGGUCUUGAGUGAAGCAGCAUGGCUUUGGGAUGACACCAGUGAGCUGGUCCAAGGAUUUCCAUGCGUCUAUCCAAGAGAAUCAUUAAGGCAAUCAUCAUUGGGUGGUGGAACUUAUAGCCAACAUAUUCCCAAGUGAACUUCGAAGAGGCGGAUCAGAGUAGGCAAAGUCCACUGAGUUCGUUGGUGGAUAAUUGACAGUUUGCCUUCCUCCACUCCACGUGCGCGUGCCUGGCUUUGCUUUGGCUUUGUAUUUCUUUUCAAAAUGACGAACUCUUCCUAAGCGUGGCCAGGACUCUCGUAAGUGGAAGAUGAUCCAAUCAUCUUCGGUUCAAAAGUGUUGCGCCCUUGAAUGCAAGGAGUGCGUCAAUGCUGCCAAUCCAACUGCCAAAGUGCUGGUCACCACGAAUAACAAAAUAGGGAGACUCGCCGUUUGGAAAGCUUGAAGCCUACAUCAAAUUGGAACAAUUGGGAGAAGGCUCUUAUGCCACCGUUUUCAAGGGAUUUAGCAAUUUAACGAAUCAAGUGGUGGCUCUGAAGGAAAUCCGAUUGCAAGAAGAGGAAGGCGCUCCAUUUACAGCCAUUCGAGAAGCAUCGCUCCUCAAGGAGCUCAAGCACUCUAAUAUUGUCAUCCUCCACGAUAUUAUCCACACCAAGUCCUCGCUUACCUUCGUCUUUGAAUAUGUGCAUACUGAUCUGUCCCAGUAUUUGGAGAAAAAUCCGGGUGGAUUAAGCGCCAAGAAUGUGAAGCUGUUUCUCUUUCAACUUUUCCGAGGUCUUUCAUACAUUCAUCGACGAAGGAUACUUCACCGAGAUGUCAAGCCACAAAAUCUUCUCAUUAGCGAAAUAGGCGAACUCAAGUUGGCAGAUUUUGGCUUGGCACGUGCCAAAUCCGUCCUCCACACGUACUCGCACGAGGUUGUCACUCUUUGGUACCGUCCUCCCGAUGUGUUAUUGGGUUCCACGAACUACACCACAUCCUUGGACAUUUGUGUGGGCUGCAUCUUCGUCGAGAUGACUAACGGUAUGCUGCUUCCCGGCGUGCGUGAUACGUUUGACCAGUUGGACAAGAUCUUCCGCGUCACGGGUAAACCCACCGAGGACACUUGGCCAGGGGUGUCACGUCUUCCCAAUUACAAACCUCAGAAAAUGUUUUAUAAAGGCCAGCGUCUCGGCCACGCCUGGCCACGGCUCUUCGACGUGCCCUUUGCCGAGAGUCCCGCCUCCAUGAUGCUCCAAGAACGAGCCAAUAAGCGGGUGGGAGCCGAGCAGGCUCUCAGGCAUCGAUACUUUUCCGACUUUCCACCCGCCAUUCACGAUCUGGGCGAUGAGGAAUCGAUUUUCACCAUUCCGGGGUGCAGUUGAGUGCCGAGGAGCGGAGGUAUGCCAAUUCCAUGCUGCGAUCUCAGGAGCCCGAUCCGAAGAACCAUCGUCCAAAGUUAACACCCCCUAAGAUCUGCCUUCAAAUAACAGCCAAAAGCAGCCGAGCCGAUGUCAAGCAUCUGGCUGAAUAAAAAGAUGCACCCCAAGCAGCGGUAGAAACUAAAGUAGCAUCAGAGAAAACAUUACUACAAUGCAUGGCGUUCAAUGCAAUUCAUUCCCUCAUACCAGAAGCACUUGCAAAUACGUUCGGCGUGAGAUCAAUGAAUGAAUGGAUGGAUGACAAAAAAAACACGAUCUCCACCAACUCCUAGUCGGCCACACUCGUUGUGUUGUCAGAAAGUUCAUAGAAUCUGGUGUCGAUCCGGUCUCCACGCUUUAACAUGUUUACGAGCAUUUAUUAUAUCUAGGCCUUUGCGCAUAAAAACACAUAAAUAUAUACGAACAUUGUUCUGUACUCGUACCUACUGCUAGGGCUCAAUUUGUUUGCCAAAAAUGAGACAGGAACGAACAGGAAAGAAACAUAUUUCAUGAGCGUUGAAAGAAAAUUCUUCAAAAAAAAAAUUCCCCCGUCUGAUUACGUGAAUGUAAGCGGAUCAAGAACGUCCUGUUUGUCUCUUAGUGAAUUAAUGUUUCCUUGGAAACGCGUCAA